GCAAGGUCCUUCCACUGCUCUUGUCAAUGUCCAUGGCAACCAUAAUCACUCAAAAUAGCAAUUUAAAAUAAUAUUCCAUGUCUUCUUGGAACCUAAUCUAAGACCACAGGACGCAAGCUUUGCUUCCAGCCCAAAGCCAUACAUAUCAGAAAGAUAAAGGAGUUAAAUGUCCUUUGUGGCAAAGAAGUGCGGGGUGAAGUUUAAACCCCCAUCCAUUGUUCUACUGUAUGAAGACAAGACCACUAAGAGGAUGCGCCAGAGGGUGAUGCCUGUGCGCAACUUCUCAAAGUUCUCAGACUGCAGCAAGGCAGCAGAGCGAUUGAAGAGCAAUGCGCGGCACAGUGCCUACCUGCAGGGGGUGUCUCUGCGCCAGCUGGAGAGGCUGCACCUGCUGCUGAGGGACUCCCUGCUGGGGAAGAGCCUGGAGCACAGCCUGGCCUCGCUGUGCCUGGACCCGGAUGAGGACCUCAACAAGCUCAGUGACCAGGAGCUCAGCCGCAAGAAGGAGCUGAUGGAGCAGCUGUUUGAGCAGAAUCGCAAGAAAAGGGACGACCCCGAUUUCGUGUAUGACCUGCAGGUGGACUUCCCAGAGCAGCUGGAGUCCUGCAGCUGGGAUGAGGAUGACGAGGAUGAGGAGUUCUAGCUGCACUGCACACUGACACUGAGGACUUUUACAUUGUGGCCACAUGGUUCGACAUUGAAAUAUGAGGGACAGUGGGGUCUAGUGUUUGGAGCUGAGGGAUUAGUCAGUUGAAAAGAGCUGAGGGAAUGGGAGGUGCUGUAGCUUAUUAAAUGGAGCUGAGGGACUGGGUGGUGGUGUGGUCUAUUGGUUAGAGCUGUAAAACUGUGCAGGAGCAUGGUCUGAUAGAGGAAUAGAAGUCGUCCUAACACUGACAUACUGUGUGACCACCCUGGACAAGUCACAUUCCUGUUCACAUCAUAUAGGCAGACAAAAGUGAAGAUUCUACUUGACUUGUGCAACCCCAGCUCCCAGGAAGAACAAUUCCAACAUUGACAUUUCAAGAGUAGACUUUUUAUGAAUUAAAAUGUGUUGAUAUGUACAGUGUUAUUAAAGAUGGAAUUAUUGAUCUGUAAACACAACUGACCCUUUGUUCCUCUGAUAUGGACAAGAUUAAGGUGUAUGUUUGGAAUGGUUCCUUUUGGAUUCUGUUCCAGUUCACUUUUCUUGUAUUUCCACAAGGGGUGUUCUAGCUGCUUAAAGUCCCUUAUGUGUAGACAUGUUAGGCAUAUUUACAUAUGAGCAUGGCUGAGAUCAUAGGCUGCUUCCGGUACUUGACUUUCUUUAUGAACUCAUCAGUUAAAUGAAUCAAUCACUGUGUAAUUGAUUCUUUAGAAUCCAAAAAUACAUUUUCACAACAUAAUUGGUUUACAUGUAGAAUAUUAGGACUUGAUUCAUCCAACAGGUAACUCGAAUCCAGUUAGACAGUGCAUACAAAAACAAGGCUGUUGUGAAUGCACAAAAAGUAAAACCAAAAUUUUCAUGUUUUGUUAGCCACCUACAUUCAGCAUAAGAAAACUGAUGUUAGGAUUUAGUGGGUCCUAUUCAUUAAGAAGUGUUUUUUUUUUUAAAGCCCAUUUUGAUUCAUUUAAAGAUGUUUGCAGUACAUGAAACCUUGUAACUGUUGUAGUGGAUUAGAAGUUUCAUUUUUUAAAGCACUGUUUAACCUUAGAAAAUGCUUAACAAAUCCUUAAAGCAGUCCUUUAUGUUUUGUAAAUUGGGUCCAGUAUCAUUAAUCCUGGAGCAUGUCAUGAACUGUCAUUAAGGUUUGACAAUGAAAUUAUUAGACACACCUGUUACAGAUACCUAAUAGCUAAUUAAGUGCAUGGUAAAACCUGUAAUGGACCAAACUGCUCUUCAACAGGAGUUUUGUAUUUACAUCCCAGCACAUGAAUUCCACAAAUACAGGGGUUUCUGAAAGACUUGUUACAGAAAUUCAUGUCCGUUCUUAAGUUUUUGUGCAGUAAUGUGAUGCAAAAAUGGUUACAUCAUGUAGCACUGUUAAAAUACAGAGUACAAAGUUAUCUUUCCCCAAAAAUAUUUUAUUUAUAACUAUAUAACAUGAUCAAAAAUACAGAUAUACACUUAACUUUAUAUAAAAGAUUUACAAUAAUCUUCCUCAUAUACAAAGGGAACAAUACAGAUUUAUAUAUAUUUUGGGUAAAUAAUAAUAAACAUUAAUUUAAAAAUUGCAGAGUGGACUUUUGUUAGCUAUUAUGUUAAAUGCAGCAUGUAUAUGCAAAUUGUAAAGAAAAAAUGAAAGAGAAAGUGGUCCCUACAAGAAUGCUGCUGCUGUCAUUUUGCAUGAACUGCAUGGAAUUCUUCAAUAAAGCAGGGUUACUUGUGCAUGUACUUAGCAUAUCAGCAUAUUUAUAGUAAAAGUGUCCCAAUAGAGAUAAAUACAAACUAAAGAAACAAAGUGUAAUAUGACACUAUCCAAGCUAGCAUCCUAAGAUAGUUACUGGCUGUAAAGACAUGUCUGUUCAUGACUUAAAGAUUCAGUAUUAGUCCAUAUAUUAGGGUACUGAUGGACCUGUUAUUCCAGUAGUACUAGAAAUAUAUUGGGACAAACAUUUUGACAGUAAGUCUUUAUGAACAGCUUAUUAGAUUUCUCUGAAGACACUGAUCAACACUUUUCAGCAAAAUGUUUGGUUAAAAAUAUUACCAAGUUCCUUUAUAGUACUUUUUGCUCUAAUUGCCCAUUUUAGAUGAAUAGAAAGCUACAAUGUAGAAAUGUUUAUAGAGAAAUAAGUAUUUUUUAGUCUCUACACAGCAAGUCACGUAAACAAUGUUUUGAGUUUUUUUGAGGCUUGUCUAUUAUAAAUCCAAGCAAGAUUGCGUAUGGACGGAGAGCACACCAUUGCCAUAGACAUGCUCAUAUCGGAACCUGCUUUUCCAUGAAAUGCUUCAGUGAUGCCAUGAAAGUUUGCAGGUCAAAGCCAGUGCACCAUCCAACACAACAUGCUGUGGACCCCGAGAAGCCACAACAAAUCCUCAGAGAAAUCAGUGUCUGUUCUGGUUAUUAGUAGAACCAAAUGCUUUGAUUACAAAAACAGAGUGUAAAAGUAAUGACACAGAAAAAUGCUUUACACCCAACCCUGACUGGCUAAUUUGGAAUUUACAUUUAAAAUGGUUAAAGUGUUGAAGAUGACAUUGGACUGGACUCCUGGAAGUUGUGUGUGUCUGUGACCCCUGGUGGAAAUGCAAUGUGUUACAGCCUCUUUAUUCUUCUCGAAACGCUCUGAAACUGAGUUGUAACAGCAGCAGCUAUACAAGCCAAGAAAUAAUAUGGAACAUGGAAGAAAAAAAAUAAAGACAAUACAAAAGGUUCAAACACAUGAGAGCAUAUUGUUGAGAUUUGUGAAUUAGGACUAGAUACUCCUCAUUCUUUUUUUUUUUUUUUAUAAAAGAUCCUUGCUUUUUUUGCAGGUUAGAUUUUAAUCAAACCACCCACGACUAUUUCCAGCAGCCUGGAUGAUUUAUUGACCCCCAUAUUACUAUCACUGAAUAGAAUAGACAGAAGAAACCAGACAGGUUUACCUGUUUUAGGUUAGUUAUAUGGCAAAUAUGACAAUAAACCCAGCCUGAAGGAGCUUGGUUACUUCAGAUUUUUUUAACUAUUUAAUGUUUUAAAUGUGCAUUUAUCCCAAGGCUUUCCUCCCACCACCAACACUGAUCUGUUUCAGUGAGAGAUGAAGUGAGAAAUAUUUAAUUCAUUUAUGACACAGCAACAAAUUAAAUAGCAACACUAUAUAUAUAUAUAUAUAUAUAUAUAUAUAUAUAUAUAUAUAUAUAUAUAUAUAUAUAUAUAUAUAUAUAUAAUCUCUCAAGAAUGUACAGCAAAUGAAAUUCACAGUUCAAAACAAAGCCAACAGUGACUCCUACAACUUUUGUUCUUUUGCAAUAUUAUACACAUGUAUACAUUUAGUUAAACAGUUGUUCACAUCAGUAAGGACUGCAGAUCCAACCACAGAUUCCUCUAGCUUUUGGAAUGAAAUGUGUCAGUGCCAUGUUCUAUUUACAAGUCUGGUAUGUUUUUAUAUAUUGAGAGAUUAAAUAUAAAAACAAAGUGCAAUGUCAUGAUAUCUUCUAUACUAGUCAAAUCGAAGAUGCUGCAACGUGGUACUGUAUUUUAUGUUUAAACCACGUCACCCAUAGAUGACUUCAUUGGCAGGCAUUUUCACUACUUCAGUUGUGUACCCUAUUGCUAGCCCCAAGAACAGGGAGGGAUAUUAAUUCUCCCUUAUGAGCAAAAAAAUCUACACAAAAUUAUCUGCCAAAUGCACGCACUAUGGGACAAGAAAAACUUCCUUUUCAGUUCACACUGUAGGCAAGGCUCACGACGACUGCACCAGCUUGCCCAGUUAAAGCAAUGUGAAGCUUGGGCCCAAAGACACUUGAGGUACAGGCUUUGUCCAACCUGUCCCAAAUCCACUUGGAUCUUUCAGGUUGAAAAAUCUAGUAAUUUCAACAAUUACCAGUGCUUUAACCUUCCCUUGGCCAAUCUCACAUUUGGAGGUUUAUAAAUAUAUUAAUAUCAUGCCAACAAACUUUUUCAUUCUAAAACAGAGUUGUUGGUUGUUGUUGUUGUCCUAUACUGGUGACUUUUUCACAGCUUAUUCUCCCUGGGUCAUUCAACUUCUUCAAUGUGUUCUGUAUUCAGAGCCGAUAGGUCACUGAAUGGUCUACCAUUGCAUCCUCCGACACCCUACUUGCUGCUUUUUAGAUAACAAGCUUAUUGAAACAGAAAACAACUGGUCCUGUUUGAGCAUGGAUCCCAGUUAUGAUGCAAUUAACCUCAGGAAGAGCAUGUUAUGAAAAGGUUCCCAAGACGAAGCAGCUAAACAACUUAUAUUGCCGACAGAA